GUUCUGUAGGUACGGCCCAGACGGGCGGGAUCUGGUGUGGCGCCCUUGCGUUCUGGCGGUAUGCGGUCUGCGUGUGCCGGGAUCAUCAUGGAUGCCCGCCCACCACACCACCGGAGGGACAAGUCAACCGCCCCGAGCAAUUGGUCCGGGGAGACCGGGGCCCGCGGAAAAGAGACGAGGAGCGUCCCAAACGAUGUGACAGAUGACCUGCGGGCGUGGCCUGGUCAGGGCCUGGUCAGGGCCCGUGUCAUGGAUCAGACCGGUAUGUAUCGACUUAUCAGUCAUGAUGCCGCACCGCAACUCAGCAGCGGCACCGCAACACCGCAACAUCAGAGCCCGCCCUGGUAGCCAUGGAGCCUACCGCCCUACCGCCAGCACACACACACACUACGAAGACGGUGUGACACGGUGGAGCACACCCGCAGGGGCCCUGUGCUGUGGCUGGACGCACAGAACCUUCCAAAGAAGCAUCCCCUGUGUCCAUCCCAACCCUCGUGCCACCCACCGCGGGAUCCCCCUCUUUGCCUCUCCCACUAUCGGAAUGGCGGAGAGAGAACCUGCACUGAUUGACGGUCUGCCAGCAGGCCGCUUGUCCCCCCUCGCAGCCCCAGCAUGUCGUCGUCACCCCACCGCCGCUACUCGCCCUAGAGCAGAGUCCAGCCCAUGGCCCGCUCCCGACCUCCCGUGCCGGAGUGUCCAAGCGGGCGUGAGGGAGUCCAAGAGAAGGAACCUGCUCUAGCAGCAAGUGGCUGCUGAGCCGUCCCGCUAACUCGACAACACCACGACGCUCAGACAUACACCCCGGUACUAUACAAGAUAGGCGAGGUACGUAAUUGCACUGCUGGCAGUUUAUGGCUCCAGAGUGUGUCAAGGAUCGUAGGCUGUUGGGCGCCAGCUUGUCCCGUCCAGAGGCAAUCCCCCCCAAGCCACUUCGCCUACAUCUCCCGCCGAAUCACAAUCUAGACCUGAUCUG